AUGGUGCACAGCAACCAGUUGCUUCUCUCUCAAGGUGUACUGGACCUCUGCUUCUUUCCACAGUUCCUACCAGAAUCCAUGCGACCGGUCGGAAUUCUGAAGGGGGUACCCUCCAUCCGGCAGCUGUCUCGAGCCCGUAAAGGGUUCAAGACCAUGGACUCGCCUCAGGGACACCCGGGUCAGCAACCCUAUAUUGCAGUCUGGCAGGAGUUGGUGGAGAAUCCACCACCCUGGGUAAAGCCCUGGGUGCAAAAGAAAAUGGGCCCUCGGGUCUUACUUGCCCAGACCCAAUCUCAGAGCAAGAAGAAAGAGACCACCAAAGUUCACCCAGACACUCAAGAUUUACUCAUGGUUGAUGAUCCCCCUCCUUACCCUCCUGCCCCUAUGGCCCCCCCAGCCCCAGCACCCCCGACACCUCCAGUCCCUGGUGCUGAGGCAGUGGGGCCGGCUCUGGGACCUGCCCAGAGAACUCGGUGCCACCAAGGGGCUACCCUGGACCCCCCGGGUAUUUUUCCUCUCCGGUCUUAUGGGGCUCCCAUCCUCGGAGAAGAAAGGGACUCACCUUUCCAACCUCUGCAGUAUUGGCCGUUUUCCUCCGCCAAUUUAUAUAACUGGAAAGCUAACCACCCUCCUUUUUCAGAAGAACCGCAGAGACUAACUGGUCUGGUAGAGUCCCUGAUGUUUUCUCACCAGCCCACUUGGGAUGACUGUCAACAGCUUUUGCAGGUGCUCUUCACCACGGAGGAGAGAGAAAGGAUCCUUCUGGAGGCACAAAAGAAUGUGCCUGGAGCCGAUGGACGACCAUCACAACUCCCUCAUGAUAUAGAGAGGGGGUUCCCGCUGACCAGACCCAACUGGGACUUUAAUUCUCCAGAAGCUAAGGGCCCCCUCUCUGGCAAAAAGUCUUGGGUGAUCAGAGCUACAGGCCAGAAACAAUACGCAUGGACUACCCAAAGAACAGUAGACUUAGGAGUGGGACAAGUAAACCACUCAUUCCUUGUCAUACCAGAAUGCCCCACACCCCUGUUAGGAAGAGACAUAUUGACCAAAGUAGGGGCCCAAAUAUCCUUUCAAGCUGAAGAAACUCAAGUGACUAAUCGAGAAAAGAAACCUUUGAGCCUAAGUAUCCUGACCAUAAGAUUAGAGGAUGAAUACCGCCUUUUUAAGGAACCAGAACCCUCCCGAGUUGGUCAGGAGUGGCUUGACCAGUUUCCAGGAGCCUGGGCGGAGACGGCGGGUAUGGGGCUUGCUGCGAACCAGCACCCUGUGGUCAUAGAACUGAAAGCUUCAGCUUUACCAGUAACUGUGAGACAAUAUCCAAUGAGUAAAGAAGCCAGGGAUGGAAUUAGACCCCAUAUCCAGAGGCUUAUAGAACAGGGGAUAUUAGUAAAAUGUAAAUCCCCAUGGAACACUCCCUUGCUGCCCGUAAAGAAAGCGGGAACAGGAGAUUAUCUACCAGUGCAAGACUUGAGAGAAGUUAAUAAGAGGGUACAGGACAUUCAUCCCACUGUGCCGAACCCUUAUAAUCUGCUAAGCUCCCUGGCCCCAGAAAACACCUGGUAUACAGUCCUAGAUUUAAAAGACGCUUUCUUUUGUCUGCACCUGCACCAGAGUAGCCAACCGCUGUUUGCUUUUGAAUGGAAAGAUCCCUCCACAGGAACUACUGGGCAAUUGACCUGGACUCGUUUGCCACAAGGAUUCAAGAAUUCGCCCACCCUCUUUGACGAGGCUCUACACCGGGACUUGGCUUUUUACCGAGCCUCCAACCCACAGGUAACCUUGUUGCAGUAUGUUGAUGACCUAUUAAUAGCAGCCCCUACCUGGGAAGCCUGCCAAGAGGCCACUGGAGCCCUUCUGACUGAACUUGCUAAAUUGGGGUAUAGGGCAUCUGCCAAAAAGGCACAGAUCUGCCAACAACAAGUGACUUACUUGGGAUAUUCCCUGAGAGAAGGGAAAAGAUGGCUCACUGAAGCCCGAAAGCAGACUGUGACACAGAUCCCGGUUCCCACUACUCCACGCCAGGUUCGCGAGUUUCUGGGGACGGCAGGAUUUUGUAGACUUUGGAUACCCGGGUAUGCUACCUUAGCUGCCCCCCUGUAUCCCCUAACGAAAGGGGCGGCCCCGUUUGUUUGGGGAUCUGAACAACAGCAGGCCUUUGAUAAUAUUAAGAAGGCCCUCCUAUCGGCACCCGCUCUGGCAUUGCCGAACGUGACUAAGCUGUUUGUCCUCUUCGUGGAUGAACGGAGCGGGGUAGCUCGAGGAGUGUUGACCCAACAAUGGGGACCUUGGAAGAGACCUGUUGCCUACUUGUCAAAGAAACUGGACCCAGUAAGUAGUGGAUGGCCUGCCUGUUUGAGAGUAGUGGCGGCCGUGGCCCUCCUAGUUAAAGAUUCUGACAAACUUACGCUGGGACAAAAACUCACUGUGGUUGCUCCCCAUGUGCUGGAGAGUGUAAUUCGGCAACCACCUGAAAGAUGGAUGUUGAACGCCAGAAUGACUCACGACCAAACCUUGCUCCUGAAUCACGAUCAGGAGCCCCUGACUCCUGUGGAAUUCGCCCCGCCUGCCAUCCUAAACCCGGCUACUCUGCUCCCUGACUCGGGGAAAGAAGUGCUUCACACCUGCCAGGAGAUCCUGGCUGAAGAGACAGGGACCCGCCAGGACCUACGAGAUCAGCCCCUAGAGGGACCGGGACUCCUGACCUGGUACACAGACGGAAGCAGUUACAUCAUGGGAGGUAAGAGGAUGGCGAGGGCUGCAGUAAUAGACGAUGACCGGAUUGUGUGAGCCAGUGGACUUCCAGCGGGCACUUCCGCACAGCAAGCAGAACUCGUCGCCCUGACCCAGGCUCUACGGAUGGCUGAAGGUAAGAGACUCAAUGUCCACACUGACAGCCAAUACGCUUUUGCCACCGCUCAUAUACAUGGGACUAUCUACAGACAGAGAGGGCUGUUGACUUCUGCUGGGAAAGAUAUCAAAAACAAACAGGAAAUUUUAGAUUUAUUAGAAGCCAUCCAUAGACCCAGGGAGGUAGCAAUAAUACAUUGCCCUGGACAUCAGAAAGAUGAAUCUCUGAUAGCUCGAGGGAACCGGAGAGCAGACCAAGCCGCAAAACAAGCAGCCCAGGGAAUGAACAUUUUACCCCUCCGGUCAGGAAAUGAGAAGAAUAUUCUGCCCCAGAAAGAGGCAGGAAAAUACUUAAGGCAACUACAUCAGUUGACACAUUUGGGGGCCAAGAACCUAAAAGCCCUGGUUCAAAACUCCCCUUAUCACAUCAUUGGCUUGGGAGAAAUGGCAGACGAGGUGGUGAAAAAUUGCGUUCCUUGCCAGUUGGUAAAUGUGAACAAACAUCAAGUAAUAUACGGAAAAAGGCUUCACGGGGAUCGACCAGGAGCUUACUGGGAAGCUGACUUCACUGAAAUUAAGCCUGCUAAGUAUGGAAUUAAGUACCUCCUAGUCUUUUUAGAUACCUUUUCAGGAUGGACAGAAGCUUUCCCUACCAAGACCAAGACAGCUCAGACGGUGUCCAAGAAGAUACUUGAAGAGAUAUUUCCAAGGUUCGGAAUCCCAAAGGUAAUCGGCUCCUAUAAUGGUCCUGCCUUCAUUGCCCAGGUGAGUCAGGGAUUGGCCAAGAUCCUGGGGACAGAUUGGAAAUUGCAUUGUGCAUACAGGCCCCAGAGCUCAGGACAGGUAGAAAGGAUGAACAGAACUUUAAAAGAGACCUUGACUAAAUUAUCCAUAGAGACUGGUUUAUAUGAUUGGUUAGUCCUCCUUCCCUCUGCCUUAUUUAGGGUCAGGAACACCCCUGGCCGCUUUGAACUAAUGCCCUUUGAGAUAAUGUUUGGGGCUCCGGCUCCACUCCAAUCGGCUCAUCUUCAUACAUCCCCCGAAUGUGCAACUAAUAAGUUUCUGCUUGAAAGGUUACGGGCCUUGGAAGUCGUACAGAAAGAAGUGUGGGCCUCCAUCAGGGAAGCCUAUCGGCCAGAGGACUUCUCAGUACCUCAUCAGUUCCAGGUGGGAGACCCUGUCUACGUGAGACGACACCGAACGGGAAACCUUGAGCCUCAGUGGAAAGGCCCCUUCAUCGUCCUCUUGACUACUCCCACAGCCGUGAAAGUGGAUGGCAUCUCCUCCUGGGUACACGCUACACAUCUGAAGAAAGCACCCCCGCCGGACCCGGACUGGCAAGUAACUCGGACUGAUAACCCACUUAAGCUUCGUUUGUGUAAAAAGAACCAUGUUAUUAGUGAUUCUGAUGCCCCUGCUACUUCCAACCCUCCAGAACCCCAACCCCCAUGAACCCAGGUUGCUGACAUGGCAGGUUUACUCUCAGACAGGACAGGCAGUGUGGUCUGUUUCUAAGGCUGCCCCCCUUAAAACCUGGCCAUCCUGCACCCCGAUGUUUGUGCCCUAGCUGCUGGAUUAGAUACCUGGGACAUACCUAAUAUACCCUGGAGACAGACCCACCUAAUUCGACCACCAGACCAUGAUUAUUCUGCAGCCCAGAGCCAGGUUUCCUAUGGAGAUAGUGGGUGUAGUUAUUCCCGAGCCUGCAAUAGGAUAAAAACCAUUACUUUCUAUGUCUGCCCCCGUG